AUGGGACUCUUUGCCUCCUUCCUUGAUAGUGCAGAUCACUUGCUUCCCACCACUUUGUUGGGGGUUGUUUCUCUCCUACUCAUCCUCUAUCUUGUUUCCUGUAGUUUCAUCUUCAAGGAUUUGCAGAAGGGGCCUCCAGGGCCGAGGCCUCUUCCUUUGAUUGGCAACCUGUUGCAGCUUGAUCUCAAGAGACCCCACAACACCUUAUUUGAGCUUUCAAAGAUACAUGGGCCUGUGUUUACGGUGUACUUUGGAACCAAUAAAGUAAUAGUCCUGGCUGGAUACAAGGCAGUCAAAGAGGCUCUGGUCAGCCACACAGAAGAGUUUGGAGACAGAGACAUCUCCCCUAUUUUUUAUGAUCUUAAUCAAGGUCAUGGAAUUCUGUUUGCAAAUGGAGAAUCAUGGAAAGAGAUGAGACGUUUUGCCCUCACCACCCUGAGAGACUUUGGGAUGGGAAAAAGAGUCUCUGAGCAGAAAGUCUUGGAGGAAUGCCAGCAUCUGAUCCAAUCAUUUGAAAAUCACAAAGGGAAACCAUUUGAUACGGCACGUCCGCUGAAUUACGCAACAUCCAAUAUUAUCUCCUCUAUCGUGUAUGGCAACAGGUUUGAAUACAAAGACCCCCGGUUCACAAACAUGGUUGGAAGAGCCAUCGAGUCCAUACAGAUUAUCGGAUCUGCACAAAUCCAGCUUUACAACAUGUUUCCCAGACUGGUUAGUUGGAUAAAAAAACGCCAGCUGUUAUUAAAAAAUGUUGAGACCACUUCAAGAGAUGUCAAAGAUUUAAUCAAGAAUCUGAAAGAGACCCUGAACCCGAACAUCUGCAGGGGGCUUGUGGACUGUUUUCUGAUUCGGAAGCAGAAAGAAGAGGACUCUUGUGUUAGGGACACUCACUACAAUGAGAAGAACUUAGUAUUUACAGUGACCAACCUGUUUUCUGCUGGUACUGAUACCACAGCGACGACACUGAGAUGGGGUUUGCUGCUUAUGGCUAAAUAUCCACAAAUACAAGAACGGGUCCAGGAGGAGCUGAGCGGGGUGGUUGGAAGCCGUGAGGUCAGGGUAGAUGACCGGAAGAACCUGCCGUACACUGAUGCUGUCAUCCACGAGACACAGAGACUGGCCAACAUUGUCCCCUUGGCCAUUCCUCACAAAACCAGCCGAGACGUCACAUUCCAAGGUUACUUCAUCAAAAAGGGGACUACUGUGUUUCCUCUUCUUACGUCUGUCCUGCAUGAUGAGAGUGAAUGGGAAACCCCAUACACCUUCAACCCUUCCCACUUCCUGGAUAAGGAGGGUAAAUUUAUCAGGAGAGACGCCUUCAUGCCCUUUUCUGCAGGGAUGUGUCCCGGAGAGAGUCUGGCCAGAAUGGAGCUUUUCCUCUUCUUCACCUCCCUCCUCCAGCGCUUUCGUUUCACUCCUCCACCUGGAGUUACAGAGGAUGAACUGGAUCUGACUGCAGCUGUGGGCUUCACCCUCACUCCUUCACCUCAUGAGCUGUGUGCUGUUAGUCGCCAAUGA